ACUUCACUUCCCAUUUAACAGGCAUCAACCAUAUCUUAAAGUAACAUCUUUUUCUUCCUCUUCAUCAUCUGAAUUUCCUAAUAAUGGAACUUCCGUCCCCCUUCUCCAUUUUAUCUUCUCUCAUAUUCGUCAUAUUUUUCGUCUCUUUACUCAAAAAAUCGAGACGAAAAUCGAAGUCGAAUCUCCCUCCCGGGCCACGGAAGCUACCAUUGAUAGGAAACAUGCACCAAGUCGCUGGAAAAAUUCCGCACCUUGUUCUCAGAGAAUUAGCACAAGAAUGCGGCCCUCUAAUGCACUUGCAGCUCGGCGAAAUAUCGGCGAUUGUUAUAUCGAAUCCACGGGUGGCUAAAGAAGUGCUCAAGACGAAUGAUCUUGCAUGCGCCGAUAGGCCCGAAUUGAUUUUAACAACUAUUAUUUUGAAAAACUGCCGUGACAUAGUCUUGGCUCUGUACGGUGAUUACUGGAGACAGAUGCGGAAGAUUUGUACACUGGAGCUUCUGAGUGCGAACAAAGUAAGGUCUUUUCGUGCCAUUCGGCAGGAUGAGACAUGGCAGCUACAUCAAUCGAUCAGAUCAUCGAUACAAUCAGGAUCACUAGUUAAUAUUAGUGACUUGGUUGGUAAAUUGGCUAAUGCCAUAACGUGUAGGUCUACAAUUGGAGAGAAAUGCAAGUACCAAGAUGAGCUUGUGGAGUGUGUUGAGGAGAUUGCUCAUCUUGGUUCCGGGUUUUUUAUGGCGGAUAUGUUUCGGUCCAUAAAAUUCCUUCCUCUGAUUACCGGGAUGAAGCCCGCGUUGGAGAGAAUUAGGCGGAAGCUUGAUGUUAUCUUUGAUUAUAUUAUCAAGGAGCAUGAGCAAAAAUUGAGGAACCGGAAAGAAGGAUCUGAAGUUGUGGCUGAAGAGGAGGACUUGGUCGAUGUUCUUCUGAGAAUUAACCAGACUCAGCGCCUUGAGUUUCCCAUUUCUUCGAAUGACAUCCAAGGCCUUGUUUUGGAUAUGUUUACGGCUGGAACCGAUACCUCUUCAGCAGUGCUCGAAUGGACAAUGUCCGAACUAAUGAAAAACCCGAAAGUAAUGAAGAAGCUGCAAGCCGAAGUGAGGGAAGUAGGGAACGGAAAAGAACGAAUAGACGAAACAGAUAUACCAAGAAUGAGCUACUUAAAGCUGGUGGUCAAAGAAGCCUUACGUUUACAUGCACCAGUUCCAUUGUUGCUACCAAGAGAAUGUCGAAAAGAAUGUGAAAUCGAUGGUUACACAAUCCCCGUAGGAACCAAGGUCAUCGUAAACGCGUGGGCAAUCGGAAGAGACCCCGAGUACUGGCCUAAUGCCGACAGUUUCAUACCCGAGAGAUUCGAGAACAGUUCGGUGGAUUAUACAGGGGCUAAUUACGAGUUCAUUCCGUUUGGCGCUGGCCGAAGAAUGUGUGCUGGAAUCUCGUUCGGGGUAGCUACCGUUGAGCUUCCGCUAGCUCAAUUAGUCUAUUCUUUCGAUUGGAAGCUCCCUAAUGAAAUGAAGCCGGAGGAUUUGGACAUGGAUGAGACUAAUGCAGCUACGAGCAAGAGGAAGAAUAAUCUAUUGCUAAUUGCUACGGAUUAUCCGAUUCGAUCCGUGAAUUAAAUUUUAAAUUGAAGUCUUUGUCAUACUGUCACGUUAGGAAAUAAAUUAUAGCAGAGAGUUGCCGAGAGUUUAUUGUUGUUCAAUUUACAUGUGUAAUAUCUGUCGUACUUAAUUAUUAUUCACCAGUAA